AUGAGGCAGAAGUCGAAGAACCCGAAACGUUGUUUUGUGGCGUACGAUUUCCAGUACCCCGGAAAAAAACGAUCCCGAACACCACCACUCGAAGAAGAAGACAAAGAAGAAAGAGCGGGAAAGAACGAAGACGGGUGCGACCGAGAUGAAAAUGAACUCGAACGACGACGGAAACUCUCUAAAAUGGGCGCGGAGAUGUUGUUGUUGUCCUCGUCCGUGCUCGAAGAGGAAAAUCUCGGCGCGGUUCCCUCCUCAGACGGUGACGUUGAAGACGACGCGAACAAACUGUCGAGGGAAGAGGAGGAGCCUCCUCCUCAACUAAAACCGAAAGUAGAAGGAAUAAGACAGAAUAAUAAUGAUGCUGAUAAUAAUGAUAAUAACAUUGAUGAUACUAAUAAUACGGAGAUCAAGUUGAUGAUUGCGCUCCAGCGCUCGAUUUUAUUGGCGUGCACCGAAUUACCGGACGCGCAAACUGCAACCGCAGAAGCGAGGAACGCGUUCUUACAAAUGCCUUUGAUGAAUUCGCUCGCGCUCGCGCUUGGGAGCGACGCGAAAAGUUCUUUUCAAGGUGUUAGUAUGGAUAAAAUCACUAAUCACGAUGUGUUGCAAUGCGUGUUCGUAGCAGCUGGCGAGUGCAAAGGAGACAAAAAGAGAGCGACGAAGAGGAAUACUAAAAAAGACGCGCCCGAGUUGGUGAACCUUCCGACGAGGUAUGUCGGACCGCACGUCGGGGAAAAAUGCUGUCGGUCGUGUUGGUAUCGCAUCUACCGCAUGACGAAUACACUCUCACUCCCGUUCUCGUGCGAUAUAUGUGCGGAAACUUUCAAGAAGGAACAUCUUUUAACAGCGCACGUUCGCGUCGAACACGAAGGGAAGCAAGCGUAUUUAUGCCCGGUUCCAAAAUGCGGGAAAGAAUUUUCUCGUCGCACGGAUUUGAAAAAGCACGGAUUAGUGCACACGGGAGAAAGACCUUACGCGUGCGCGUAUUGCGACCAACGAUUUAUUUCCUCGAGCAAUUUGAAUAAGCACGAACGACAGCACACCGGGUUUAAACCGUACUCGUGUCGCGUGUGUUUGAGAAAGUUUAGUCGUUCGCUCGGGUUACGAAACCACGUGCAACAGCAGCACUUGAAAGAUACGAGUUGGUCCUCGAGUAAAGUAGCAGUAGCAGAAGAAAAAGAAAAAGAAGAAGUAGAAACCGCGUCGAUUAAAAGAAAGAAAGGAAAGAAAAAUUGGGGGGACAAAACGACCGCGUAUACCGCUCCAAUCUACGUCCUCCGCCCGCAGGGCGAAACCACCAACUUGAAUAAAAACAUCAAUAAAAAGGCACCGCUUUCGGAAUCCGAGAACUCUUUAGAGCUUUAUUUGAAUACACUCGCAAAGGAGAAGGAGACCAAGAAAUGCGAGAAUCAUUUAAACGACGACGACGACGACGAGUCGUCAUCAUAG